UGGGGGAGCGAAGUGGAUAUAGAUGCAAGAAGCGACUGGUGGGCAAGCCUCAUAGGUAUUUGUCAUGCCGCAUGCGACAUGUUGGGCGGGCAAAAUCCCGCCCUCGUCAAUCAUCAUGCUCAUGAUCGUCCACCCCCCUCAUACUCUCACACAAUCUACAAACUGAAACAACCUCCUCAUCAGCAUUGCCUUCUCUAUCAAAACUACGAGCUAAACAAACUGUCAUCACAAUGGCCGCCUCACCUCUUCCCCCUCAUCUAGUCAUCGCACACGUCAGCACGACCACUCCAUCGGCCCGGAGUCGCUUUCUUGAGAUCUUCCCUCCCUUGGCCACCCACUGCAAGGAGAGUGAGCCCGAUACCCUGAGCUAUUACUUCUUCAACAGCACGUCAGAGGACGACCACAGUCUCUACGGCUUCGAGGCCUACCCCACCAAGGCGGCGCUGUUCGACGUCCACGCGACGUCAGACGUGUACAAGAACCUGGGCGCCAUCGUGCAGCAGGAAAACCUCUGCGCCAUCGACGUGGACCUGUUCAAGCCCGUCGGCGGCUUCAUCCUGCGCGGCGGCCAAGUCGAGCGGCCGGUCGGCGUGGUCCUCAUCAACAAGUUCCCGUCCGGCUCCUCCCCCGUUUCGGGCGACCGGCUCAAGGAGUAUGCGCGGUACGUGGAGGGGCAGGAGAAGGAGGGCUGCCCCACGUUCGUCGUGAUGGAACACGAAAAGACGGGGGAUGUCUGGACGUUUGAGAGGUAUACGACGCGCGAGUUUUACGAGCAGACGCACCGUGGGUCCAAGGCGUUUGCGGAUCUGUUUGGGGAGGUGCAGGCUGGGUCGACGGCCAAGUUGGGCUUGUAG